CCGUAGGCCAAGCAGAAGACGAAGAAUCUCUACAUCAUUCAUCCGGCCGUCGCGGACCUUCUGCUUCCGGUUCAGGGUCUUCUGUGGUCUCGUCUUCUUCGAGCGGUGAUCUACAACAAAGUCAAGGCGCCGGAGUAGUUGAACGCCAUACAACUGGUGCAGAUCAUGCGUCGGGUACCCACGACGAACAUGAACAAGAUCAAGGGCAGACUGCUGUAGCUCAAGAAGGAACAGAUGGGCAGAGCUUUCUAGACGAAAUCAAUACAGAAUCAGGCACAAUCAGUCGUGAGACAUCGAGCCUGUUCGGAGACGAGCACCAACCUGUUGUACCUUCGACAGGUGCUGACGCAGCAAAGGGC